AUGGGGGAUGGAGGAGUCUGUGCAUCUGGAGGAGAACGGGUCAACCAGUCCCAUGUCCUGUUUGAUAAAUUUGUCCAGGCAACCACAUGUAAGGGCACGCUCAAGGCCUUCCAGGAGCUGUGUGAUCACUUGGAUGUCAAGCCCACAGAGUACAGGGUCUUUUACCACAGACUCAAAUCCAAGCUCAACUAUUGGAAGGCGAAAGCUCUUUGGGCCAAGUUAGACAAGCGGGCCAGCCAGAAAGAGUAUAAGAAGGGUCGUGCCUGCACCUCUUCAAAGUGUCUGAUCAUUGGUGCUGGGCCAUGUGGAUUACGAACAGCCAUAGAGCUGGCCUUCCUGGGUGCCAAAGUUGUGCUGUUGGAGAAGAGGGAUGCCUUCUCCAGGAACAACGUGCUCCACCUUUGGCCCUUCACUAUACAGGACCUGAGGGGUCUUGGGGCCAAGAAAUUCUACGGAAAGUUCUGCGCCGGUUCAAUUGAUCAUAUCAGUAUUCGUCAACUUCAACUCAUGCUCCUCAAAGUGGCUCUCCUCUUGGGCAUUGAAAUCCAUGUCAACGUAGAGUUCAAAGCGCUUAUUGAACCUCCUGAGGACCAGGAGAGUGAAAGGAUAGGCUGGAGGGCUGAGGUCCACCCCAGGACACACCCUGUCAAUGAAUUAGAGUUUGACGUGAUCAUCGGAGCAGACGGAAGGAGAAACACCCUGCCAGGUUUUCGCCGCAAGGAGUUCCGUGGCAAGCUUGCAAUAGCCAUCACCGCAAACUUCAUUAACAGGAAUACGACAGCCGAAGCUAAGGUGGAAGAAAUCAGCGGAGUUGCCUUCAUCUUCAAUCAGAAGUUUUUUCAAGACCUCAGAGAAGCGACAGGUAUUGACCUGGAAAAUAUUGUCUAUUACAAAGAUGACACACACUACUUUGUGAUGACUGCCAAAAAACAAAGCCUGCUGGAGAAAGGAGUCAUUCUGCAUGACUACGCGGACACAGAGCUGCUUCUUUCAAGAGCAAACGUGGAUCAGGUUGCACUCUUGUCUUAUGCCCGUGAGGCAGCAGAUUUCUCAACCAACCACCAGCUGCCCACACUGGAUUUUGCCAUUAACCACUAUGGCCAGCCUGAUGUUGCCAUGUUUGACUUCACCUGCAUGUACGCGUCUGAGAACGCCGCCAUGGUGCGCCAGCGCAACGGCCAUAAGCUGCUGGUGGCGUUAGUUGGAGACAGCCUGCUGGAGCCCUUUUGGCCCAUGGGUACUGGCAUUGCCCGAGGUUUCCUGGCAGCCAUGGACUCAGGAUGGAUGGUGAAGAGCUGGGCUCAGGGAAAACAACCAUUAGAAGUGCUGUCUGAGAGGGAGAGUAUUUAUCGUCUCCUGCCUCAGACCACACCAGAAAAUGUCAGCAAGAACUUCAGUCACUACAGCGUAGAUCCCACUACACGCUACCCCAAUAUUAGCCUUAAUUUCCUUAGACCUAGCCAGGUACGGCACCUUCUAGACACAGGAGAGUCCACAGAAAUGCGCAUUGAAAUUGAGAAUGUGAUCAACUCAUCAACACCCAAGUUAAUCAGGAAUGACAACUGCCUGCUUGAGAAGCAGUUGCAAGAAUCCAUAGCAAGAUCCAGUAAACUUCUCAAUUGGUGCCAGAGACAAACAGAAGGAUACCGAAAUGUUUGCGUUAAAGACCUCACCAUGUCUUGGAAGAGUGGUCUGGCACUGUGUGCGCUUAUCCACCGAUACCGUCCAGAUCUCAUUGACUUUGAUUCUCUAGAUGAGCAAGACCAGGAAAAGAACAACCAGUUGGGUUUCGAUGUGGCUGAGCGGGAAUUUGGCAUCUCACCCUGCAUGACUGGCAAGGAGAUGUCUUCUGUGGUGGAGCCCGACAAACUUUCAAUGGUCAUGUACCUCAGCCAGUUCUAUGAAAUGUUUAGGGACACAGUGCCACCUGGAGAUAAUCAAAAUCUGAGUCCAGAGGAGAAGGUUGCUCUCAUGGCAAGUACCAAAUCCCCCAUCUCCUUCCUGAGCAAACUUGGUCAGAGCAUAGCAAUCUCAAGGAAGCGCAACCCCAAGGACAAAAAAGAAAAGGAUGUUGACAGUUUGGGGAAAAGAAGAAAAACCAGCCAGUCCGAAGAAGAGGAAGCAUCCAAGGCUGGUCGUGAGGAAAGACAGGCGAGUAUCCAUGCUUUGUUGUCAGAGAAGAAGAUGGACUCUGCUGUUGCAGUGAACAACAAUAAAGUCAAGGUCAUGGCAAAUCAGCUGCUGGCCAAGUUUGAAGAAAAUGCUCCCGCCCAGGGUUCAGGACUCAAAAGACAGGGGGACUCUCUGCCCAAUCUGGACUGUAUUUUGCACCCGACCCCGUCUAAGCCCCUUGAGCCAGUGCGGCUAGCACCUGUACCAGCUUGGAGAAAGAGGCGCACACAGCAGCAGGAGCAGCUGAGUAUUCGCUACAAAGAAAAGAUCAAGUGUCAGACGCUGCCCAACAGGGGGGAGCAGGCCAGAAGCGUUGGAGACCAACCAGCCAUCUUAGGCUCUCGGAGCUGCCCAAAGAAAACCAUUCUGCUCCUUUCUUCCUCCUCCUCCACUUCUUCGCUCUCUCUCCAUACAGAGCAUUUGGGUGUGACUCCGGAAGAAGAGGAGCUUGAAUACUAUGAGAAGCCUGUGAAUUACGGGGAUUGGAAGCCUUUGCACCGGAACGAUCCAGGACCUAUCCAUGUACCUGGUAUACAGGAGAGGGCUGACCGUCUAAUCUCAAAAUUUAAGGGAAAAAAUGACAAGCCCCCAAAGCCCAAGAAAAAGCCGUCCCGUUUCUUUUUAGAGCAGUGGCAUUUGUCCCGUGGCCUCUCUGAGCAUCCGAGUUUACCACUCUCAGCUUCGGAGUCUUGUAGAAAGAAGCCAGCAAAGUCUUUAUGUUCGGCUGCACCAAUGCCCUUAUAUGUGCUUAGUAUUCAGGAGAGGGCUGACCAACUUGCCUCUCAGUUGGAGGGCAGGUCAACAGGACCCAAGCCAAAGAAAAAACCAUCACGGUUUUUCAUGGAACAGUGGCAUCUCGCCCGAGCCCAAAGUGCUUCGGAGUCUUCACUCUUUUCUGACAACUUGAGACAGCACUAUGUAAGGAUGUACACAGGGGGAGUUAGCUCAUUGGCUGAGCAGAUAGCCAAUCAGCUUCAGGAAGUGCCCAAACCAUUACCUGAGAAAAGAGAUGUGGGUUCUUUCAGAAAAGAAUUCCCUGUCAAUAUUGGAGGCAGCGAUGUUUGUUUCUUCUGUCGGAAGCGAGUGUAUGUUAUGGAGAGACUGAGCGCUGAAGGGAAAUUCUUCCAUCGCAGCUGCUUCAAGUGCGAUUACUGCGGCACCACACUCCGACUGUCCUCCUAUGCCUUUGAUGUGGAGGACGGGAAAUUUUACUGCAAGCCACACUAUUGUCAUCGUCUGUCUGGCUAUGCUCAAAGAAAGACACGUGCACCUUCUCCUUCCCCAGCUCCAGCUACAUCUACGGAGAACCAGGAGCCCGCAAGCCCUGCAGCAAUGGUGGACGCCCCUGGAAGGGCAAUAGCAGUGGCAGGCCCCUCAGCCGAUAUCCGGCCCUCAGUACCGGAAGCUAACGGCCUGCAGGAGCCAAGCCUGGCAAAGCGGCUUCACGCAACACCCGAGCGAAUUGAGCUGGAGAACUACCGACUGUCCCUGCAGAAGGAAGAGGAGCUGGAAGAGGUGCCGGAGGAAACGCUGGCAGAACAUAAUCUCAGCAGUGUACUGGAUAAAGCUACAGAUGUCGACUUGGGCUCCAGUAGCUCAGACUCGGACAUGGAGGAGGACGACGAACAGGAAGACCAAGAGGAGGUGGAAGUUGAGUUGGAGGAGGAGCAGCAACCUCGCAGUCCUUCAGACCUUGGAGGCGUCCCUUGGAAGGAGGCAGUCCAGCUUCAUGCCCAACUUAGAGGUGACCAUUGUGACGUAGACGAUGAGGACGAUGACGAUGAGGAGUCAAGCGAAGAGGGCGAUUACUGCCCCUGGGACAGGGAGCUCCAGUCAGGCCUUUGGCUGGAGAAGUACAUCACAGACGAAGAUGAUGUUUGUACUUUUAAAGCUAAAAACCUACAAAUUCAACAAGUCCUGCAGCCUUUGGAUCCGCUAGCAAUUCCAGGUGUGAGGGAAACACAUGAAGACUCAGAGACAGAUGGGGGUGGCCAACUGGCUUCGGCCUCGCAGCCCAUUGAGUGUACACAGGCUUCAUCUACAGCCCCUGCCCACACAUCUGCCCGGCACGAAGCAGUGCGAGUCUGGUUGGAGUCGAUGUCUGGAGAACCAUGUGAUGAUGAUGAUGAUCUGGAAGCAGAAGCAGAUAGUCAAGAUGUUGAGCCUGGUACAGAAAUGGAUCAAGAUGACAUCCCCUCUGAUGCUGAAGCUGAGGCACGUUUGCACCCAACAGUGCACAGUAAUGCUAUUCCAGAGGAAGACAAAUUAUCUGAGAGUGAAGAAAUGGCUUCAAGUAUUGGAGUACAUGACACUGAACCGGUAGAGAAAGAAGAUGCCGUCUUAUCGCCAGUUUCUCCAGCAAUAGAAUCUGAAAGAGAGUUAAUUGAGAUACAUUUUGACUCUCAGGUUAAGUCUUCAGAUACCUGCCUUUUCCCAGAACCACUGGUUUCUGAGGAAUUAAAAGUUGAGCGGACAACACCAUCGCCAGCUUCCAAAAGCCCCUCGCCUGUCUUUAAGCCUUCCCCGGUUAUGUCUCCAGCUGCUGCCUCUGGGAAAGUUCCUUUCUCCCCCUUAAACAACUCGCCUUCCAACUCAACCCCAGUCUCGCCGGUUACACCAGUUGUCGAGACCCCUGUCCGAUCCCCGUUGAAGUCACAGGCUGGCUCACCAAUCUGUUCCCAGCCUACGCCACUACCAGAGACAUGCCCACCAAAGUCUCCUGUCUACACUAAUCGAUCAAUUUGCCCUCUCACAGGCAACCCACUCUCUCCAAUAUGUGCACAGCCUUUACCCUGUCACGAACCUUCAUCACCUGCAAACUCUGAAUCCCCUGUCAGAACACAGCCUAUCCCAAAUGUCACAUCAACGCCCAUCGUCAGAAAUGACGGAGCCGCGUCAGAUUUGGAAGAUGCCUCAACAGAUGAAUCCCUGUCGAAAAAGACAGAUAUUAUUGAGGAAUUUUGGUUGAAGAGUGCUGAGAUCCGAAAGAGUCUUGGUCUCUCCCCUCUAGACCGAAGUAGUAAAAUCUUGGAGGUGAGUGUUGCCAAGACUCAAACACCAACCUCCACACCUGCCAAAACACAGACUCGGGAUGUGUCAGAAGAACAGAAACCUGCUUUUACUGGGCGUACUGUGAUUCGCAGACUCAACAUCACUCUCCAAGGUCAAGUCAUAACACCCAUUGCCUCUGUGGAGGCCAAAAAUAAUGACCCAGACAGGAAAGAAUUGAGCAGCAGUUCGGGUCUGGGCCUAAAUGGUGCACAAACGGCUAACACUGAUGGCAACAACACUUCGGACUCGAUCAUGCUGACCCCACCGUCCAGUCCUCCACCACCUGUGCCUAAUAAUCAAUCUCCCGCAAUACUCAGGCUGCAAAAACACCAGGUCUCUUGGGGCGACGGGACAGAAAAACCUCCAUGUGAGCUUGCCAAAGAAUCACCAAAAACAAAGACCCCCGUCCCUGCACAGAGAGCCCAGCAGAGUCCUGUUUCUGCACCCACACCUGCUCCCAGGAAGGUGUUGUCACCAUCAAAAGAUCUGAUAGAAACGCCGGUUGUUAUCAUGAGGGAGAAGAAAAGGAAGCCUCAUUCAGAGGAGCUGAGGAAGUCUUUUGUUGAGACUGUGGAAGAAAUUCCAUUUGCUGAUGAUGUAGAGGAGAACUUUGAUGAGCGGGCGCCGGACACCGGCUCAAAUAAGUUUUCCACUGCACCUACGAGUAAGGCCUCCGCGGAAAGACCUCCCUUUCAUUUGGCUUUAGCAAUGGAGAAUGGCAAACCCAUUAUUCCUGUCAAUCCAGCCUCUAAAACGCAGAGGGCCACUCAAUUCUCCCCUGAAGCUAAGGAGAUAGCUGAGGAGAGGAUAAGGGCAAGAGAAAAGUCUAUUAAAAGCCAGGCUCUCAAAGAUGCAAUGGCCCAGCAGCUAAAUAAAAUGAAAGAGACCACCAUAGAAGUGGUGGCUUCGCCUAAAGCGGCCUGGAGUGUCACACCAGAAGUCACUGGAAAAACUCUAAAAUCUGCCGUAACUCCAAAGACAACUGCUGUAUUAGCUCUGGAAUCCAAGAAGGCAGAGAUGCUACCAGAGCGUCUCUUUAGCAGCAAUAGGAGUCUGGACAGUUCAGUGGCAUCAUCUGACAGCUCGUCCACGAGUAAGAGCAAAAAGCGAAGUUCGCUCUUCUCUCCGCGAAAAAACAAGAAAGAGAAGAAAUCAAAGAACGACGUUAGCCGUCUCUCUGGCGCGGAAGAGACGCCGCCUAAGCACAAGUCUCUGUGGAAGGCUGUCUUCUCAGGGUACAAAAAGGACAAAAAGAAGAAAGAUAACAAAUCAUGUCCCAGUACACCAUCAUCGAACUCUACCACUCAGGAUUCUGGGAAGAAGAGAACCUCGCCUGUUGGAAAAUCAGCAGAUGCAAAGUCACGCAGAAACUUGAGUUUUUCUGAGGAUUCUGACCUGUCAUGUGACGACGUUCUGGAGAGAUCAUCCCAGAGGUCAAAGGCAGAUCGGCACACGGACAUCUUUGACCUAGUAUCAGGCAUCCAGAAGGAGGCAAUGAAGGAGGAGAAACUGGACAAGGAGAUAAAGAGGGAGUUAAAAGAAAGAAAAGGGGUGAAAGUGAAGCGCAAAGAAAGAGAACAGGAAAAAGCGGUUGGUCGCGAAAAGGAAAAGGAAGAUGAGGAGUCUGUUUAUGUCCCUCAUGCACUGGCGUUCAAGAGAUCAUAUGCCUCAAAGAAAACCUACACGGAAGAGGAGCUCAACGCCAAGUUGACGCGGCGAGUCCAGAAAGCUGCUCGACGGCAAGCUAAGCAAGAAGAACUCAAGAGGUUACACCGAGCCCAGAUUAUUCAAAGGCAGCUUGAGCAGGUGGAGGAGAAGCAGAGGCAGCUGGAGGAGAGAGGCGUGGCUGUGGAAAAGGCACUGCGAGGAGAAGCAGGAAUGUACAAAGGUACUUAUACAUUACCCAAACAGCACAAAAGAAGAUCAGACUAUUGGGGAGAUUCUAAUUACAGUGAAAUCCUGGACUUACAUCUGGGCGUCCCCCGCUCGCUUUCCCCCUGUCUUGUGGAAGUUGAAUCCUUUGUGGGGGCGGACCGUCGGAGAUCUCUCCCCUUCUGCCUCUGCUGUUCCCCUGAAGGCAUGGGCAAGAAAGACGAUCCCAAACUAAUGCAGGAGUGGUUCAAGCUGGUGCAGGAGAAGAACGCCCUUGUCCGCUAUGAAUCCGAACUCAUGAUAUUUGCCAGAGAACUGGAGCUGGAGGACCGUCAGAGCCGAUUGCAGCAGGAGCUACGGGAGCGAAUGGCUGUGGAAGACCACCUGAAGACUGAGAAGGAGCUUGCUCAAGAAAAGCAGAUCUUAAAUGAGAUGCUUGAAGUUGUGGAGCAGCGCGAUUCCCUGGUGGCGCUCCUGGAGGAGCAGAGGCUUCGAGAGAAGGAGGAAGACAAGGACCUGGAGGCUGUGAUGCUCUCCAAAGGCUUCAACCUUAAUUGGGUUUAA